AAACGGAAGGGGCUGGGAGAGGCCGCGUUCAGUCGGAUCCCGGCAGCAGCUGCAGCGGCUCUCGUUUUCUCUGCCUCUUUUUGCCAUAUCCCUUUCGCUUCCGCAAACAUGGCCUCUGGUGUGGCUGUCUCUGAUGGUGUCAUCAAGGUGUUCAAUGACAUGAAGGUGCGCAAAUCAUCGACGCCAGAGGAGGUGAAGAAGCGCAAGAAGGCAGUGCUCUUCUGCCUGAGCGAGGACAAGAAGACCAUCAUCCUGGAGGAGGGAAAGGAGAUCCUGGUUGGUGACGUGGGCCAGACUGUCGAUGAUCCCUACGCUACUUUUGUCAAGAUGCUACCAGAUAAAGACUGCCGCUACGCCCUCUAUGACGCGACCUAUGAGACCAAGGAGAGCAAGAAGGAGGACCUGGUGUUUAUCUUCUGGGCUCCUGAGUGUGCAUCCCUUAAGAGCAAAAUGAUCUAUGCUAGCUCCAAGGACGCCCUCAAGAAGAAGCUGACGGGGAUCAAGCAUGAAGUACAAGCAAACUGCCUCGAGGAGGUCAAGGACCGUUGUACCCUGGCAGAGAAGCUGGGGGGCAGCGCUGUCAUCUCCCUGGAGGGCAAGCCAUUGUGAACCCCCUCCAGCCCCCUGCCUGGAGCAUCCGGCAGCCCCAGACCUAAUUGCGGGGGCUGCAGGCUGCCACCUUCCUGCCAGACUGGAGAGGCUGGGGGGAUCCCAGCAGGGCGAGGGCAAUCCCUUCACCCCAAUUGCCAAACAGCCCCCCACCCCCCUGGACCUUCCUCAAAUUGCUUUUGAUCUUCUGAUUCCUCUUGGGUUGAAGCAGACCAACUCCCCCCAGGCACCCCCAUUUGGGAGGGGCCUGUAUUUUUUUUAAUGACACUCCCAGUCCCCAUCUGUUCCUCCCCCCUUCCAGGCUGCCAAUUUCUAACCGCAAUAGUGACUCUGUGCUUGUCUGUUUAGUUCUGUGUAUAAAUGGAAUGUUGUGGAGAUGACCCCUCCCCAUGCCAGCUGGUUCCCAUCCCCCUCUCCCCUGGUCAUAGCUGCUUGUUUGGAGGCAGGACCAGUAAGGAACCUUCAAUUAAAAAAAAAAAAGACAACAAUAAAAAGAUUCAUUAAU